UGUCAAACAAAGUGCUGCAUUAUUUAACAUUAACUCACGUGUUUAUCAUUGCAUUUGCAUGGUGUCAAGAGGUAAAUCUCCAGAAAGUACAAUACAAAUUUUGAAAAUUAAUGGGCGGUAUCCAAAGAAUCAAACGGAAGUGAGGAAGUCCACGACGAUUUACUCAACAGCACAACUUUACGCUAGGAAUUCCUAUCGAGUCACUGGAUUAGGUUCAAUGCCAGCACGUAGAGAAACGAGUCGUCAAUCGAUUCGGCUUUCAACAGAUAUAACUCCGGAGAGAGAUGUGUGUAAGUGGAGGACAUUGGCAUACAAGACAUAAUGUCUUCCCAUGGAAUUCUGAAGUUUUCUGUGGUAGGGAUAACAGAGUCCGAUCUUGUCGUAUAAAAGUCUUUGCACUAAUCGGACUGAGAAGAGUUAAUCUUCGUCCGAAAACGUGAUCUCAGCAAGAUGACAACUAGGUGUCUCAUAGUGCUGGCUGCCGUGCUGGCUGUAAUUUACGCUCAAGUGGAAUCCACAGUCGUUAGAGCUCCAGUUCCCUGUCCGGGAUGUGAACCACCAUCCUUACCAUCACGCAAUCCGGAAACUCAUGCAAUUGCGAGAGAUACAACAUCAUCGGUAUCAAGCGAAGUAGCUGAGACACAACCACGUCAUAAAAGGGCACCAGUUCUUCUGGGAAAGGCUCUCUUGGGAGGUGCUCUUCUUGGUGCAGGAGCUCUGGGUGCUGGAGCCUUGGGUGCCGGAGCCUUGGGUGCCGGAGUCCUUGGUGCCGGUGUUCUCGGCGCUGGAUUGUACAAAGCUAAACAUUAUGGUGGCUACGGCGGAUAUGGCUAUGGCGGAUAUGGCUAUGGCGGAUAUGGAUACCCACAGACCCAUUAUCAUUACCAUAAUUAUCCCCAUUAUCAUAAUCAUUACCCUCAUUAUCACCAGUAUAAUUAUGGACCAGGUUAUGGCUACUGGUAAAUUGACUGAUUUCAACGCAUUAUAAAUCUCAUCAACAAAUGGAACUAUAUUUUGCCAUACAACUUAUUACCUUUGAUUUAUUAUUAUAUAUUUAAUAAUGAUAAGAACUAUUUUCUUUGAAAACAGUACACAUUGCGAUAUUUAUAUUGUAUUAUUUUUUUAUAUAGAUCUGUUGUAUCUGUUGUAAUGCCUGUAAUUCUAUGAUGUAUAAUAAAAAAUUAAAUAAAACUGAUUCUAAAGAUGAA